AUGUUGAAUUUUUUGCUCAGUUUCUUCCGAAAAAAACGACCUUCUCCUCCUCCAAUCAAUAAUUUAUCGUGGAGUGAAAUUCUGCCAGGAGAGAAUAAUAUGUGAGUCUUUUUUGUUGAGGUCUACUUUGGCUAAUUGAAAAUUAUUUAAGAAAAUUUUCAAAAUGAGGAAAGACAUUUUACUGUUAUGAAAUGAACUUUGAAACAUUUUUUCAUGGAAAAAAUCUUGGUACUUUGAUUUUUCGAAAACUUUAACAAUUAUUUUUUGCGAAAAUUAUUUAUUUAUUUCUAAAUUUGAAUUUUUCUUCAAUAUUUUUCAACCUGAACUCAUUCCUAACUCAUAAUUACCUAAUUGUUUUCCAGAAAAGAAAUCCGUAUAAUGCUUUUGCCAACUGAUAAAGCAAUAGUAUGGAAAACUGAAAACGAAAAGAAAAAAUGCAACGAUGGAAUCAGUUUAUUAUUCGAAUUUCAAUAUGCCGGAAAAAGAAUACCAAUUACAAUGAAACGACAUUUUGAUCAAAAAGUUUUGGAUUCAAUGCAAAAAUUACGAUCAAUUGUAAUUAAAAAAUUAGCAAAAGAUUUGUCAGAAAAAGAAUGUCAAGAAAUUGGAACAAAAUUCAAAAUGGCAUUGAAUAUUGAAGUUAGUGAUAAAUGUACGAUGCGGGAAUUUUAUGAGAAUAAAGAUGCUAUCGAAUUAUCGUUUUUGAAUAGGAAAUAUGAAAUUGUGAGGAAGAAUCCACCAAGUUAUGAUUUCGGUUUAACAAUGACACCAUUAACAAAUUCAAUUGUGAUCGCAAAAUUUGCAUCUUCUGAAUUAUCUCCAAAAUAUCAUUGGUUUGUUAGCAAUAAAAAAUAUCGAGAGUUUUGGAAGAGGAAAAAUGCGAAAAAUGAUAUCGAAUUCAAGUUUCUAAAUGGUGAGAUUUAGAAAAGUGUAUUAUUUUGGCUGGAUUUAAAUGUUUUCUUUUUCCAGAAGAAAAACGAACUUUUCAUAUAGAAGGAUAUGAAUAUCGAAGUAGUGGACGAUUUUACGAAGCUGAUCCAAAAGAUGUUGAUAAAUUGGUUGCUGUGGUUUUUGAUUCGGGAAAUGAUUUACCUGUGCAGUAAGUUUCGAACUAUCAAAACAUAUAUUAAAAGUUAUUUUCAGUUGUUCGAUAUCUACUCAAGUUGUUGAAAUUGGUCCAAUCGAAUUGAUAACUGAUUCACAAAUUGAAUGGUGUAAAAAUAACAAAAGAAUUGAUCAUGGGUGAGUUUUUUAAUCGUAAAUAACUCAAAAUGUCUGUUUUUUUAGGAUUCGAGUGAUGACGUAUAAUAUAUUGGCGGAUUUGUAUUUAAAAUUGAAUGUUGAUCAAAAAGAUCUAUUUUUCAAAUAUUGUGAUAAAAACUAUCAAAGAGCUCUUUAUCGUGUUCCACUUAUUAUGCGACAAUUUAAAGGUGAGGGUUGAAAAAUGUUAGAAUGAGUUAUGACGUGGCAAAAUCUGGGACUUGGGUUUUGAAAAUCUUAUUUUUCGGCCCUGGGCUUUCAUAACCCGAUUUUUUCAGCCUUGGGUCCCCAAAAUCUGAUUUUUCGUCGCUGGACAUUGAAAAUCUGAUUCUUUGGCCCUGGGCCUUUAAAAAACUGAUUUUUCAGGCACUGGGCCUUGAAAAUCCGAUUUUUAUAUUGAAUUUCAAAGCUUCGAAGCCGUCAUAACUCACAUUUUUAUUCUCCAAAAAUAUCCAAAAACAUUUUUUUUUUCAGAAUUUCUUCAAUCCGGUGUUGAAUUAUUUUUCAUUCAAGAAGUUGAUUGUUCAAAAGUUCACAAAUACUAUAUUCCAUUUUUCCAAUAUUUCAACUACCAUUUCGUUUUCGCCAAAAAACAAUUUUUGGUGAAUGAAGGAGUUGGAAUUGCAUUUGAUGACAGCAGAUUCAGGUUGGAUGGUUUUUCUCUAAUAUUUUCUAUUAUUAAAAUUUUUCCAGAUUAAUAAAAUCAAUGGAAUACGGUCUGCAUCAACUUGUAAAUGAAAAAGAAAAUGAAGAUGUUUUGAGAACAUUAGAUACAUCUGAAAGUUCGAAGAAGAUUCUGACAACACGGCCAACUGUUGUGCAAAUUGUUAUUCUUGAGGAUUUGAAAGUGGCGGAUAAAUGGAUUAUUUGCGCAAAUACACAUUUACAUCAUAAUCCAAAAGAUGAACAUAUUAAAUUAUUGCAAUCUGUGAUGGCUACUCGAAUUAUUGCAAAGUUUGUUGAUUUUUUUUGUUUUGGAAAUGAUCCAGACCUGGGAUUUGUACUAUUUUGGAAUUUUUGAGCAUUUUCUUGAAAGAUUAACUUGAAACUUCACAAUUAUAUAAUUUUUCAGAGUGAAAAAUGAUAUCAAAAACGAUCCAAAUUCCCCGAAAAAUAUUCAUGUUUUAUUCGGCGGAGAUUUCAAUAGUAUUCCAAGUGGCCCAGUUUUCGAAUUUAUGUCAACUGGAAAAAUAUCAGCUGAUCAUGUUUGUUGGGAACUUGAUCCAGCUAUUGAAGGCACAAGUUUCGAGUUUCCCGAAAAUCUCAAAUUGACUUGUUUGACUGGAACACCAGAAUAUACAAAUUAUACGCAUACAAAUAAAACUCCUGGAUUUAUUGGUUGUUUGGAUUAUGUUUGGGGUGAAGGUAAAUGUUUUUUUUUUGGUUUUGUCUGAAACUCAUUAUAACCUAAGUAUUCAGAUAUAUCAUGUGAUUCAAUGUGUCCAAUGCCAGAACAUUCAAAAGUCCGACAAUAUGGUGCGAUUCCUUCGAAAAUUUCACCAUCUGAUCAUCUUCCAUUGAUCUCUGAUUUAAAAUACGGUUAA